CAGGCACCGCCCACCGGAACCAGCUCCGCCUGCUCAGGGCCGCCCUGGGCCGGCUCAUUCAGCCCCUAGCUCCACCCACCGGAACUUGCACCGCUCUUCUGGACCCAGGGCUCUGGGAACCUGAGCCGCUCGCCCCGCCCAGAUCCCCGCCUGCAGGUCCCAGGCUCCACCACUCGGGAACUGCACCAGCUGCCCGGGCUCCGCCCACUCCGCUUCGAGAACCUGUGCGGACUGCAACGCGCCAGCUCCUUCCCCGGAGCGCGCCUGCGUUUCUGGACCAAUUGGCGCGCCUCAAGCCGGUGCCCUGGCCCAAGCCACCAUGGAGGGGAAUGUUCCCGCCGCCGCAGCCGCCGGCUACCAGCCGGCCAGCCCCCCAAGGGACGCCUGUGUCUACAACAGCUGCUACUGAUCUGAAGAAAAAGGGCAGAAACUUCAUGGAUACUGGUGGGAGAUCAUUCCAGGCAGAGGACCAGCAGGUGCAGAGGCUGAGAAGGAAGCCUGCCAUGAAUAUCCUAGGAAUAACAAGGAGGCUGGCAUGGUUGGAGUGGAGCAGUUUGGUGGAAGAAUGUGAAGAAAAUAUUUGGAAGCUCUGUGAAUACAUCAAAAACCACAACCAGUAUCCGUUAGAAGAAUGUUACGCUGUUUUCAUAUCUAAUGAGAGGAAGAUGAUACCUAUCUGGAAACAGCAGGCCAGACCUGGAGAUGGACCUGUGAUCUGGGAUUACCAUGUUGUCUUGCUUCACGUUUCAAGUGGAGGAGAAAGCUUCAUUUAUGAUCUCGACACUGUCUUGCCGUUUCCCUGUGCUUUUGACGCUUACGUGGAAGAUGCCUUUAAAUCGGACGAGGACAUCCAUCCACAGUUCAGAAGGUGAGGAAGUUCAGGAUGGAUUUGCCUACUU